UGGUUUGCAGGCGCCUUCCUCGUGCCGUACUGCAUCAUGCUGCUGGUCGGAGGGAUCCCGCUGUUCUACAUGGAGCUCGCCCUCGGCCAGUUCCACCGCAAGGGGUCCAUCACCUGCUGGGGCCGCAUAGUGCCUCUGUUUAAAGGUAUCGGGUAUGCCGUGGCGCUGAUCGCCUUCUAUGUUGACUUCUACUACAACGUGAUCAUCGCCUGGGCCCUGCGCUUCUUCUUCGCCUCCUUCACCGACAUGCUGCCCUGGACGACGUGCGACAACCCGUGGAACACCCCCAGCUGCAGACCAAUGGAACGGUCCUUGUGGAUGGGCAGCGAUGGCAUCUUCAACGCCACCGUCAACUCUUCCCUCGCGUACCAGAACUCCCAGGCGUCUUCCGAGUCAGCCGCCGCUGCCGACUCCGAACUCAAUCAGACCUCCUCCUCGGACGGCAUGCAGAACAUCCACUACACCUCCGCGGCUUCCGAAUAUUUCAACCGCGCCGUCCUGGAGCUGCAGCACUCGAGCGGCAUCCACGACCUGGGCUCCAUCAAGUGGGACAUGGCGCUGUGUUUGCUGGCCGUCUACAUCAUCUGCUACUUCAGCCUGUGGAAGGGCAUCUCUACGUCUGGCAAAGUCGUGUGGUUCACGGCGCUCUUCCCCUACGCCGUGCUCGCCAUCCUCCUCGUGCGCGGCGUCACGCUGCCGGGCUCCGCCGAGGGCAUCAAGUAUUACCUCAACCCCAAUUUCUCCGCCAUCACCAAGGCGGAGGUGUGGGUGGACGCUGCAACUCAGGUGUUUUUCUCUCUCGGACCCGGAUUUGGGGUGCUACUGGCGUAUGCCUCCUACAACAAGUACCACAACAACGUGUACAAGGACGCGCUGCUCACCAGCUUCAUCAACUCGGCGACCAGCUUCGUGAGCGGCUUCGUCAUCUUCUCGGUGCUGGGCUACAUGUCGCUCGUGUCGGGCCGCAACAUCGAGGACGUGGCGACCGAGGGCCCCGGGCUGGUGUUCAUCGUGUACCCGGCCGCCAUCUCCACCAUGCCGGGCUCCAUCUUCUGGGCGCUCAUCUUCUUCAUGAUGCUGCUCACCCUGGGGCUGGACAGCUCGUUUGGCGGCUCCGAGGCGAUCAUCACGGCGCUGAGCGACGAGUUCCCCGUCAUCGGCCGCCACCGGGAGCUGUUCGUGCUGGCCCUCUUCUCGCUGUACUUCGUGGUGGGGCUGGCGUCGUGCUCGCAGGGCGGCUUCUACUUCUUCCACCUGUUGGACCGGUACGCGGCGGGGUACUCCAUGCUGUUCGCCGUGCUCUUCGAGUCGAUCGCCGUGUCGUGGAUCUACGGGACCCAGCGCUUUUGCGACGACAUCAAGGACAUGAUCGGCUUCGCACCUGGGCUGUACUGGCGCGUCUGCUGGCGCUUCGCGGCCCCGAUCUUCCUGAUGUUUAUCAUCGUGUACGGGUUGGUGGGUUACGAGCCCCUUACCUACGAGAACUACAUCUACCCCGGCUGGGCCAACGUCCUGGGCUGGCUCAUCGCGGGCUCGAGCGUGGCCUGCAUCCCCGGCGUCGCGGCCUUCAAGAUUCUCACCACCCCUGGGACCUUCUGGCAGCGCAUUUGCUUCUUGACGACCCCGUGGCGGGACCAGCAGCUCGCGGUGAACGGCGGCCUGGCGCACGACGCGGCGGGGUCGUCGCCGGAGGAGGUGCGCCUCCGGCUCAUGACGUGCGAGGCGCCGGCCGCCGAGCCCGAGGACGUGUGAGGCGUGAGGCCGUCCCGGGCGCCGCCUGGACGCCGGGCCUACGACGGGCCCUGGGGCGGGCGCGCGCGCAGGCGCCUACAAACUGCCCGACCCAAGUACUGCCAAGUACUGCCAAAGGUUCUGCCAAGACGGCGCGGAUAAGUGUGCGUGGUUGAGACCAUUACAACAAGCAACAACAAGCCUCUCCCCUCAGCACUGUAGGUGCGACAGACCGGGAGAUCCGGGAGACGGCGGCCACGACGGAGUUGAGGUUGAUCGCCCCCGAGAUGAAAUAUCAAUUAUUGAGUACGAGGAAAAUGUGCGUCGCCGCCCGCCCCACUUUUCCAGGAGAAAACCAUCCCCACCUCCCAGUUAUCGGGAAAGAUUUGAUUGGUUGCCAUGACAGCGAAAGAGAGAGUAAGGGUCCGCUGGAGAUGUGCCAAAGCGGGAGGGGCGGCGCGGGGCGCCAACCCCAUUACCUAUCGCGGCCCAUCGCCUGAUUUAUACCUCUUCACUUUCCGUUAAAUAGAAUUUCAUGGGAAUCGUGCGGGCGGUAAAUAUAUAGGGAUGGUAAAACAACUCGGUCGCGUUGGUCGGGAAGGCGGCCGCGCAGCCCGCCGCGGGCGCCUCUUGGAUUGAGAUAAAUAUUAGGGAGGAGUCUGUCGUGUGCGAAUGUCGCAAAAAAAAGGGGGAAUACGGGCGAAAAUGACCAACUCUAUCUCUAUUUCCCCCUCUCUCUCUUGGUGUGUGGCAUUUACUCACGUCGGUUUUGCUAUCUGUCAUCAAAGGCAGGCUAAUUCUCGUUCUAUCUCGAUGGCCGUCGAAUGGCAUUUUGAGUUAUUCAUAAACGAAGCCUCAUCGGGUGUUUAUUAAAUUUUCGUAGGCCUUUAACAUAAUGCACCACACUCAGUUUUAGUUUCGCUUUAUUAUUUUUUAAAGACAUUGCUGUUGUAGGGGUGGCAAUGGAAUUUCGUAGAUUGGGUUCUAAUGUUAAUAUGUGCCACGUAGUUAAGUAGCCAAACAUAGAUUGUUGUAAAGCUCUAGAUGCGUUAAGCAAGCGCGCAGACGAGUACCUCAGCGAAGAAAAUCGUGUGGAAUCAUGUUCCUGGAACUUGGAAUUACCAAGACAUUAUUUUCAUCAGGAGGAGGUCUCAUUGUUAUGCGAUGUAUUUGUCCAAAGUUGUGUUAAAGACCUCACGCUGUAAUUAGUUGGCCUGUUCAAUACAAUUAUAAUGUAUCAAAUAUAGCUCAAUAUGGAUUGUUCACUUAGUAAGUACUCACGACUCGCUUUGCGAGUUUGAAAUGCUGUGGAGCACCAUAACUAGAUGUAAUUCUUGUAAUAUAGCUUGGACAAAAGUGUAGAAUAGAUGUAGCUAUGUAAAUGUUGUUUUCCGUUAUGAUAAAUUAGUAAAAAUACAAGUAUUAUUCAUAAUUCUUAUACUGUUAAGACGGUCUCGCAGUUGCAAAAUGCUUUCUGGUUAAGUUGUGAAUUACAAUAGUUUUGAUACGCAACCGAAAACACCAAACAGCCAUUUGGUCGUUUUCGAAGACUGUUGCCUUUUACUUAUAUAUUUUAUAUACAAUUGUUGAUCCUCCGUGUGAUGUUUCACAUAAUUUUGUAAAUAUGAUGUUCUAGUCCUGUUAGGUGAGCUUAUAAUGUUUCGAUCUGUGAACCAUACACUUUGCUUUAAGCGGAAAAAGCUGAUUCAAAUCUCCCACUAAUUAUGAAUUUGUGAAGCGUGUCUGUUUCCGUUGUCUUUACUUCGCAUGCGUCGUGUUUGCUGAUUCUGGUAGUACCAAAACUAUCAUCAAAACUAUCAACAAACCCUCGAAUUUUUCCAACUCGUGAAUUAUCGGGGGAUUGCUCAAAGUCAUUGAAAAACAUUUGACAGACGUAUGUCCUCCUUUUAGUUGAGGUGAAUAUAUAUAAACCCACACCAAUUUGUGUUGUCGAUGAUUCGUUUAGAUCUAUUGCUCAUGACUUAGUGUUGCCAGUAAUAACAAUAAUUUAUAGAUGAUACUUUGAUCGAACUCUUAAGUUCAAGCAGCAGAUUAGCGAGAACGAUUGGAGGAGCAUCGCAUAAGUUCUCUUGAAAGCAAACAUAAGGCUUUGAACUACCCCGUACCAAAACCCUGUAAGAUUUACAGUUACUGUAUAUGGAGAGUCUCGACAGAGCUGAGCUGUUAUGUCGUGUUUGUUACUUCCAUUGUAGCUUGUUGUGCUUUCGUUUUGUAAAGAAAAGGUAAAAUAAAAGACGAUGAAAAAUUA